CUGCUCGUGGGGCACUGGGCUAAAGGUGAACAAUAGCGGUAAACAGAGGCUGUCGACACUCGAACCGCCCCUUCACAAACGCUACAUAAAAUUCACGUUUUUCUCUCAUGCUGCGUCAUUAAUCCGCUCCUAACAUAUCCUGAAGGCAGACGAAAAAAUGACCAAUCAGUUGUCAGAGUCACACCAAGAGCGGACCUUCCAGUACCAAAGCAGCCUGCCUCCCCUACCCGUCCCUUCACUAGAGGGCAGCCUGUCCAAGUACCUCGAUGCAGUGCGUCCAUUUGCAUCUGAAGCAGAGUUUAAAUCUACAGUGGAUAUUGUGCAGAAAUUUCAAGACGGAAUCGGCAAAGAGCUGCACCAGAAACUUCUGCAGAGAGCCAAAACCAGGAGGAACUGGCUGGAGGAAUGGUGGUUAGAUGCUGCAUACCUGGAGGUCCGCAUCCCCUCGCAGCUUAAUGUGAACUUCGCUGGCCCUGCUCCCUAUUUGGAGCACUGCUGGCCCCCUGCAGAAGGAACUCAACUGCAGCGAGCCAGUGUUAAUGUCUGGCACACGCUACAGUACUGGAACCUCAUUUAUAAGGAGAGGAUGGCGCCCCAGAAAGCUGGAAAGAUGGCGUUAGAUAUGGAUCAGUUCAGAAUGCUCUUCUGCACUUGCAAAGUACCUGGAGUUAAGAAGGAUGCCCUCUACAGCUACUUCAAGACAGAGCAAGAGGGCAAUUGCCCCUCACACCUGGUUGUGAUGUGUCGAGGACGGAUUUUUACGUUUGAUGCGCUGUGUGACGGACAAAUUCUUACACCGCCGGAACUCCUCAGGCAGCUGAGCUAUGUGAAAGAGCGUUGCGAAGGACGACCAGACGGUGAUGGCGUGGCCGCUCUUACCUCAGAUGACAGGACUCGAUGGGCAAAGGCCAGGGAACAUCUGAUAAGCAUUGAUCCCCACAAUGAAACCAUCCUGGAGAUAAUCCAGAGAAGCCUCUUCAUCAUAUCUUUGGAUGACACCAAACCCUACUCCUCUGCAGAAAACUACACAAAUAUAACCCUGGAGGCUCUUACGGGAGACCCCACUAUUCGCUGGGGGGACAAAUCGUACAACUCCCUUGUGUUCUCUGAUGGUACUUUUGGAUCCACUUGUGAUCAUGCACCAUAUGAUGCUAUGGUCCUGGUGUCCAUGUGUUGGUACAUUGACCAGCAACUCAGAGCUACUGAGGGCAAGUGGAAGGGCUCAGACAGGGUGCGACCCAUGCCUUUUCCUGAGGAGCUUGUUUUUACAGUGGACCAAAGAGUUCUGAGUGAUAUCAGCCACGCCAAACGCCAAUACCAGGAGACGGUGCGGGACCUCCAGAUUUUAUGUUACGCCUUUACUGGCUUUGGAAAGUCGGCCAUCAAAAAGAAGAAUCUGCAUCCAGAUACCUUUGUUCAGCUGGCCAUGCAGCUCAGCUACUACAAAAUGAACAAAAUACCAGGUAGCUGCUAUGAAACGGCAAUGACCCGCAGGUUCUACCACGGCAGGACAGAGACCAUGCGGCCUUGCACCACCGAGGCGCUCAACUGGUGUAAAGCCAUGGUGGACCCCACGUGCAGCAUUCAGGACAAGAGGAAAGCCAUGCUGCAGGCCUUCAACAAACACAACAAGCUGAUGGCAGAGGGCCAAGAGGGCAAAGGUUUUGACAGGCAUCUUCUUGGGCUGUAUCUAAUCGCCAAGGAGGAGGGACAUCCCACACCUGCUCUCUUUACCGAUCCCCUCUAUGCAAAAAGUGGAGGUGGUGGGAACUUUGUGCUGUCGUCCAGUCUGGUGGGCUAUACAACAGUCCUGGGGGCUGUUGCUCCCAUGGUGCGUCAUGGCUAUGGCUUCUUCUACCGCAUCAACAAUGACAGGAUUGUGAUCUCCAUCUCAGCCUGGAAAUCUUGCCGUCAGACAGAUGCAGUGACAUUGUUCAACAAUUUCUCCAACUCAUUGCAUGAAAUGUUUCACCUGGCAACCACUCACUCUCAGCUUUAAGUAGUUAAACCAAGAGCCAUAGGACCUUUCAUUUUGGGUGCCCCCUUUCCACCUUUUUCCUCCAUCGUCAACUAUUGCAUAGCUUGCAUUGAGCACAGAUCAGUGAAAAUGAAAGGAAUCUUUACUGUAAGCCUGUUAAUGAAUGCGUCAUUUGUAGAUAAAUCCUGUCGAUUGUUUUAGAUUGUAAAUGUUCAUCUCAGCACUUAGGCUCACUUGUUUUAUUUUUCUCUACAGAGGCCUUAACAUUAGACGGAACAAUACUAAACAUUCCCAUAUGCUACUUACAAAUUAUUACUUACCAUGCAUUUUUUGGAGAUAUGGCAUUUAUUAGAGAGGAGGCCCUUACUGGCACAAAUGCAUUUCCUAAUAUUUCCCACAAGUAAUGAGACUGACUUAAAAUGAUGUAUUAUAAUGCUAUGUACAUUCAGUAUGACUAUGAAUAUUAUUGAGGGAAAGGCUUCUUGAGAUGUCAUCUGUACUUCUGUGAAGAAGGUGUCGGAUGUUUCGCUCCUCAUCUGAAGAGCUUUGUCAGCGAACUAAUAAGUGCUGCGGGCCUAGGCCUUAAAUACAGUAAGAGUGGGCGGAAUUGGUGUGCCAACACCCUCCUCCUAUUGGUUCCUUACACUAAGCCUGGGCGGAGUAGUGGUCUAACCCUCUCCUCCCAUUAGCACCUCCGAUAAAAGGGAAGUGUCCCUCCCUGAGUUGGGUAUGAACGACUCUGAUACUGGCUCGUUAGCAUCUAUUGUUCUGGCUCGGCCCUAGCUCCACCUCAUUUGCAAGACUAAGAGCUGUGGGUAAGGUUCGCUGACGAAGCUCUUCGGAUGAGGAGCGAAACGUCAUCUGUACUUCUUCACAGAAGUACAGAUGACGUCUCAAGAAGCCUUUCCCUUGAUGGACAACUCCUGUACGACUGAGAGCCUACACAGACGUAUGAAUAUUAUUGUGUAAUACGGUAUUUAAAUCAUAUAAAAUACCCACCUGUAUUAUAAAAUAAAAGUAUUUGUGCAUAUGGGUGAUAAUGAAGGAUUUAAAUCAGCACUGUUGUAUUAUUUUGGUAAUGUCAUCUACAUCUACUGAGUCACGUGGUGGCAUCAGAGGUCAUAGUGUGCCACUUGUGUUAAAAAAGGAGGCAUUUUUUUGAGGUGAGGUGUUUAUUUGUUAGAAUGACUGACAUGCUCAGCGAUUAUUUGUGACAUGACAGCUAUAGGAACAAAAUACGGUAUGUUCGGGAUACGUCUCACCCUCCUGAAAACGCUCAGGUGGUGUUCAGGUUACGAGCAAGUUGUGUUCCCCGACUGUGAUGUAAGUUGAGUUUUAGUGUAAGUUGGAAUCUAUACCUAAAUUAUGACUAAAUUAACUCAAAAUCCUGACUCACGCUGUACAUGGAACACAUGAAGGCCAUACUCUCAGCAAAAAUAUCAAUGCAACACCUGUAUUGUUGCUCCCAUUUUUUGUGAGCUGAACUCAAAGACCUAAAACCAAUUUGUAUGUGCACAAAAGGCCCAUCUCUGAAAUAUUUUGCACAAAUCUGUCAAAAGUGGUAUAGAGCACUUCUCCUUUGUUGAGAAAAUCCAUCCACCUCAUCGACGUGGCCUAUGAGACACUGAUGAGACAGCAUGAUUAUUGCACAGGUGUGCUUUGCGUUGUCCGUAAUAAAUUGCCACCCCACAAUCUGCACUUUUACUGGAUUGUGAGUGGGUCCAAAAACCAAUCAUGUGACCACCAUUUGUUUCGUGUACGCCGAUCCAAGGCAUCCCAAUGGGUGAUGUGUUGCGAGUAUGCCGCAAGAACUGAGAUGUUGGAAGCUUCCAGGAAUUGUGUAUGGAUCCUUGCAACAUGGGGCGGUGUAUUGUCAUGCUGCAAAAUGAUAUGAUGGUAGUGAGGAAAUGAAUGGCAUGACAAUGGGCCUUAGGAGCUUGUCACGGCAUCUCUGUGCAUUCAAAAUGCCAUCAAUAAAAUGCACCUGUGCCCGUUGUUCCUAGCAUACGCCUGCCCGUAGCGUAACCCCACUGCCACCUUAGGCCACUCCACCCACAACGUUGACAUCAGCAAAACCGCUCACCCACAUGACGCCAUACACACUGUCUGCCAUCUGCCCUGUGCAGUGAAACGCGGGAUUCAUCCAGGAAGAAAACACCUCUUCCAAAUGCCAGAAGCCAUCACCAGAUAAGCUUCCCUGAGACGGUUUCUGACCCUUUGUGUCAAAAUUCCUUGGUUAUGCAAACCGAUUGUUUCAGCAGCUGUCCGGGUGGCUGGCCUCAGAAGAUAUUGGAGGUGAAAAUGUUGGGGCUGGUGUUGUUACACGUUGAAUGCAGUUGUGAAGCAAGUUGGAUGUACUGCCAAAUUCUCUAGAACGCCUUUGGAGACGGAUUAUGGUAUAGAAAUGAACAGUGUCACGUCUGUGGCAUCCUGCUCUGUGAUAAAACAUGUGGAGUGGCCUUUUGUUGUGGCCAACCUAAGGCACAUCUUGAGAUGCCACACCUGUGAGGUGGAUGGAUGAUCUCGGCAAAGGAAAAGUGUUCACUAAGAGAUUUACACAGAUUGGUGAACAACAAGAGACCUUACACAAGAGACACCUUUUGUGUACAUAGAAAAAGUUUUAGAUCCUUAACUUCAGCUCAUGAAAAAUUGUUGUUUAUAUUUUGUUGAGUGUCUAAAAUACAGUAAAAAAAAGAUUAAAAACAAGAUUGAAAAGAAAGAAAUGAUGAUAAAUGAUGAUAAAAAGAAAAUAACCCUGUGGUUGGCCUGUCCACCUUCUUAAAAUGUUGUCCAGGCUAGUCUGGAAGGAUAACAUCGUCUUCUCCCAGAGAUUUUUGUAACAGCACACUGAAUCCAUGACCCCUCUACAUUCAUUAGCAUUCAAUAAUCUUUAUCCUGAAUAAUGAUCGUGAAAGUCAAACGGUUGAGACCAAAAAAGCGGCCAACAUUGGUAGGCAUCUAAGCUUUUUAUUAUGUUCAUUUUCGCUUCCAUGGUGGUUGAUUUCCUUUUCUUUUGCGCACUCCCACUUGGGAGACAAAAAGUACAUUUCAAGAAAGUACAGUUUAUUUAUUUAUUUUUUUUAAGAUAAAAUAUGUUGUCUAGCAAGACAAAAACCUCACAAGAAAGCAUACUGUAUAUCUAGCCCAUUCUUAUGAAGAUAUUUUUUUUUUGCGAGAACAAGCUGAAAACCAAAUUUUUUUUUAUUGUUCUUCAGCAACAGCUAAAGAAUAUUUGUCUUAAAUUAAGAAUAAAACUGGUUACCUUGCAAAUUUCCUAGAACAUACCAAGAUUUAUUAUAUUAAAUCUAGUAAUGAAAUGUUAUUAAUUUUGUGUUUUCUAUUGUUUUCAUUAAAUACUGGCUAAAUAUGUAA